AAUUAAAAUGACUUGUGAGAUUAUUAAUUUCUAUUUUUCAAAAAAAAAAAAAAAACAAUUAAACCGGUACAUCAUUGAAAAUUAACUACGGGUAACAACCAAUCAACCACACAAACCCAAACACCAACCAACUCCCUCUUUUUUUCUCUCUCCUUUCACGCCCGCCGGUCACCUCGCCGCACUCUAUACUACACUCCUCUUUCCUUCCCUCUCUUUGCGAUUCCUUUGUUUUCAAUAAGAAAUCAUGUCGUAUGGAAGUACCUAUCAACCUCAAGGUGGUACAUUAUAUGAAUAUAAUUGGCCAUCCUUUCCUAGAUAUCAUGACAACAGCAACUUAUAUCAAAAUGAUGACUAUUAUAGCUACAGCAGAUAUAAUCAUUACAGUAGUAGGAUGUUUGAUGAUAUGAAGAGGCACGACUUUCACUACAAUGCCUUAGGAAAUUGUAGAGAAUUAGCCCUUAGAGAAAACUACUCAAGGCCUAGUGGCGUACCGUCUUUUAAAAGAAGAAGAAUUUCAGAGAAUGCUGGGGUAAAUGAUGGAAAUGUUUAUUUCCAACCAAAUCAGAACAGAGUUGCCGCUUUCAUUCCUUCAUAUGACAGUGCUUAUUUUCCCACUAUAGCUGCUCCUAGUACAAGUGCUAAUUGUAACACAUCGGGUAAACGUGGACGGUUGGUUCUAGAAGAUGAAGAUUGCACAGUCCUUAUGUCUAGGGAGGAGAUAGAAAGGUGUUCCCCUUCUAGAAAAGAUGGGAUUGAUGCAUUACAUGAAACACGGCUGAGGUACUCAUAUUGUGCCUUCCUUCAGAACCUUGGGAUGCGGCUUGAUGUGCCUCAAACGACAAUAGGCACUGCAAUGGUUUUAUGCCACCGCUUUUUCAUCCGACGAUCACAUGCCAACCAUGAUAGAUUUUUGAUUGCUACUGCUGCACUGUUCCUUUCUGCAAAGUCUGAAGAGACAGCUCGCCCUUUGAAUGAUGUGUUGAAGGCGUCUUGUGAAAUUCUCCACAAGCAAGAGCUUACCAUCUUGUCGUACAUGCUCCCUAUUGAUUGGUUUGAGCAAUAUCGGGAGCGAAUCAUUGAGGCUGAGCAAUUGAUUCUAACUACGUUAAACUUUGAGCUCAGUGUACAACAUCCUUUUGAUACUUUGACAUCCAUUCUUAACAAGUUAGGUGUAUCACAGACACAUUUGAUGAAUCUGGCACUGAAUUUGGUCAGUGAAGGGGUUGAUAUGCCUAGCUGGCGGAGAUUUGCUAUAAUGAAGUUAUGUUUUACAUCUGAAGUUGAACUGCCGUUGUGUUAUGGUUGCUUAACUCUGAAAAUGCCUGUCAAGCUGGUAUUUGGCUAUAACAGAUAGACAUAGACUCAUUCCAGAAUCGGUUUAAGUAGUUUUCCAGCUUAUUUUUUUUGGGGUGACAUCAAGUAUUCUUUUGCUGUUUUUAUUUCUGAUGAAUUAAUAUUUUAUUAGAAACUAGGCUUGACUUUGAUUUUAUGCCCUUUUGGUAGUCAAUAUGUGGUUGAUGAACAAAUGAUGAAAAGGGAGGGAGGCUUUUGGAGUGUGAGGAAACGAAAAUAUGGGCAUGAAUAGUGCAUCUUAUGCACAACACAACAGUAGUCAUUCUGUUGGAGACUUAGAGUGGUUCCUCCUUUCUUGCUUUGUGAUUGAAGGGAGGACAUAGUCAACCAAUCAGUAGGACCUGCUGCUAUUAUUGCAGGGUUGCCUACUUUGCCCUGGUUUUCUCAUGUUUUCCAUUCUCAAACCUUUUGUUUCCCCUUAAUUGUGAAGCUUGUUGUUGGUGAAAGCCCUUGCCUCUAUGGAUUAGUAUAAAGGGCUUUGAUAAGGAGAGAAUUUGCCAGAAUCGUUGUCUUCGGUGUCAAUUCGUAUAGUGAAAUUGGUCUUCUGGAUUAACCAAAUGCAGCAAAUCUGGUAAGUUGAAGCCGAACAUUUCAAAUCAUGUGCUCUACAGCAUUAUAUCUUGACCUCCUGAAACACCUAGAUUUGCAAAAAGUCAGGUUAUAUUACCCCACUGUAGUCAGCAUGGCUUAUUGCUGUUGAUGGGUUCUUUCAGAUCCAGAAAAUAUUGAAGGGGAAAAACAGAAAUAACAUUGAAUGGGAAAAAGAAAGAUUGACCAAUAGGUUAGUUUAUGUUUUGCACUCCUUUAUGAGAAUCAAAGUCAACAAUGUUCGAAUUGAGCAAGGAUACCUCUUUUUUAGAAAGACCUUCUUGAACACACUGGGGAUGCUCAUAUUAAUUACACUCUAUAGUUAUCUCAUCAGGAUAUCAAGUUAUUAAUGCAUAAAGUUAUUAAUUACACUCUAUAGAUAUGCAAUGAAAUAAUAUCUAUACUUCUAUAGUAGAAAAAUAAGAAUCUACUCUGUUCUUGGAUAGUCCCUUCCCCUCCCUCUUGGAAUAAAUGGGUCUCUGCAACAUUUUCUUUUGGGAAGUGUCAUUACAUGUUUUCUCAGAGAGAUUGCACUUAAUCAUCAGGAUUUUUUUUUUUUUUUUUUUCUCUCUUUAUUAUCUAUGAGUUUGAUUUGAAGGAGGCUGAGUGAUGGCGAUUACCUUGCCAUCAUUUUGUGAUGAUGCAAAGCUGUCUCUUCUUGCAAACCAAUGACUAUCAAUGUAAUGUUGAAAUUGAUUUGUUGUAUCCCAUUUUGUGUCAGGCAUGUGUAAUCAGUAAUCACCAUUAUGGAAACAAUUUCUUUGUUUAUAAGAUUUUCGAUUUUUUUUUUUUUUUUUAAUUUUUUUUUUAAAUACCAAAAUGGUUUUUAUCUACAUUUUAAGGGUUAGAAAUCCAUUGAAAUUUGGUAUUGAAGGUGAACUCUUGCCUCUUGGUUUAUUUGGCUGCUGUGGUAAAUCAUAUGCCUAAAGUGAUGUAUAUAGGUUGAAAAUGGAUAAUGAGAAGUAACUUCCAUUUGAAUACUUGUAUAUUUUCUCUUUUGGGUUAUGUUCAUUGCUGUGUUAUAGAAAUUUGAAUCUAGAUCCUUAGAUCUUAUGUUUUGAUUUUUCAAAAUCAGGAAUUCUUUGAGCUAAAACUGUUUGUCUGUUUGCAUAUCUGUACAUGGUUUGGCUUUUGUGUGUGUGUGUGUGUGUGUUAGUUGGAAUGUGGAAAGUUUCCUUGGAUAUAUGUUGCAUAUUUUGGGUCUAGACUCUAGACUCUGUCUCUUUGGUCUAAUGAUGAUCUCAUAGUCUUUCUUAAUUGCUUCAGUUGAUUAUAAUAUUCUGUUACCCCUCACUUAUAUUAUGCCUUAAAAAUACAGGGAGACUGUGAUUGUUCCUCAAUGCAUUAUCACUUUUAUUAUCUUUAAGAGAUGACAAUGAUGCACCACCUUCGAUCAACUGUAGGAGUUCAGUAUAAUUUGGUUUGAUAUUUGAAAACACUGGAUGAUUGUGCCACCAUUGAUCUGUUUGAAAGUCUAGUUAUAUGUUAUGAGCCUUGUAUCUGAAGUUGUGGCAAUGUAUCUCUGUGAUCUAGUUUGAGACUAAGGCUCUUAGUUGAGUCGGUGAUAAAUUCUUGGGUAAAUUGACAAUAUCCUAUCGCCAGAGCAUAACAUUAUAUAUGGCAUAACGCUUAAUAACUACCAAAUAAAAACAGGAAAUAAGAAGAAAAAAAUGUUCCAUUAUUGUUUAUUUUGAACUUUGAUAUUAUCUUUGUUAAAUGCUAUGAAGUAUUAUCUAUGUGCAAUUUUGAAGCAACUAUGGCCAGGUGUUAGGCUGUAAAAUUUUCGAAGUUUUACUAUCUGUACUGGACAUAUGGAGCUUUCAAGUCGACAAAA